AUGCCACAUAAUAAACACAAGGAGAAAUUACUUCCCGGGAAAAAUGCAAAUGACUCAGAAAUUACAGAAUGCAAGAAUGGCGGCAUAGAUAAAAAUAAUAUCCAGAAAAAUGAGAGUAUGGUAUUUUGCGGGAAUAGUGUGGAUGAAAGAACUUGCUUCUGCUAUGAAACCACUACAAAUAGUAAAUUUACGUGUAAACAUCAAAGUUGGAUGUGCAAUACUGAAGGGUGUAAUAAAAGCAAUGAAAAGAUAGAUGCAGUCAUAUGCGAAAAAACAAAAGACUGUGGGGAUAUAGAUAAUUCAGGCGAUAAUGGCAGUAUUAAGGAGGAUAUGCAGAUGCACACGCCUGAUAUAAUCCGAAGCUAUGGGGAGGUGCAGUUUAUUGGGCACCGGGGGAUGGGAAAUGGGCAUGCGCUUGGGGAGAAUACAGUUGCAGCUAUCCUGGCAUGUGGGAAGUUUUUGAAAAUGGCUGAGAUAGAUGUGCAGUUAAGCCUAGAUGAAGUGGUGUUUGUGCAUCAUGACCUGUCCUUGAAUGGCAUGCAGAUCGAUAGAAUUCAUUCAUCUGAGCUUCUUCAGCAAGGAGUUCUUCUGCUCUCUGAGCUAUUGUGCUCUACUGAAAUUGGCUUGAAUGUAGAGGUGAAAUUCGAGCAGCAGAAUAUUUCAGCAGAAAUAUGGUGCAAAGCUGUUUUGGAUGUGGUAGCAGAGCAUGGAAAAGGCAGGGAGAUUGUGUAUAGCUCAUUCAGCCAGGAAGUCUGCACUGAGCUCAGGAAACACACCCAGAGUGUGCUGUUCUUGGUGGAAAAACUCACUGAAGAAAGUGUAAAAUAUGCUGAGACCCAGAGACUGCCUGGGAUAGUGACAGAAGUAGAGGAGGUCUUGAAUAAUCUUCAUAUUGUAAAGAUGAUAAGAGAGAAGGGCCUUUCCCUUAUAACAUACGGCAAAGGAAACUCUGAGUUUGUAAAAAUUGAAGAGCAACUACGUCUUGGCGUAUGCGGGAUCAUUGCAGACAGUGUGGAAAGUGUCUUUGAGAGAUACAUUCGCCCAAUACAGAAAUAA